AGCUGGAGAUUCUUUGUUCAUCUCUCAAAUCGUGAGUCCAUUCAGUAUCAGCGGACGCUUCAGCGGGAAAACAUCUUUAAUCUGGUUGCGUUGCUCGUGCUGUGAUGUUCAAAAUACUUCUGCUUGCUUUAGUGAUAGUGAUGCUCGAUGGAGCUCACGGGACAAAGCCUCCGAAAUGGGAGAAGGUGCACACGGUGAAGGGCACAUUGUACAUCCCCUACGCCGAGAUCAGCGAACCCUUCUACGCCUGGUACGAUGAGAACAGCGGCCGAUCCCGAAUCGACUACUACGGAGGAAUGGUGAAGACAUACCAGUUGACUCGAAGUGGGGAUUUCGGGGAGUCCUUGAAGGUCGCGCCUGUGACGACAGAUGACACACUGAAUCAUGUCACUUGUCUGCAAGUGAAUGGCACGGAGGACAACAAGAUUGAGGUGCAGAGCGUGCUGCCCAACGCCAAGGACUUCAGUCUCGUGGGCACUGAGGAGAUUGUAGGACUGCGCUGCGAUAAGUUCUAUUUGGAAGAGGUUGUGGGCCAGAAGAAGAACACCUACACGUUGUGGGUGAGGUACAAGAAGUCUCCCAAGUAUCCAGCGGCCAGAAUGCCUAUUCCGGUGAGAUACGAGAUGCGAGGCUUCAACACUUUGCUGGGCUCUCACUACGAUCACUACUAUCUGGAUUACGAUUACUACAGCCACGAGGACAUUCCGGACGAGAUCUUCGAAGUGGACUUCGAUGAGCCAUGCACGGGAUUCCCAGGACCAGGUUCAGGUCACUAUGCCACAUUCAAUCCUAUGAAGGAGUUCGUUCAUCCCAGAGCAACGGAGCACGUUGAGGAUGAGUUUAGGCGGUUCGCGGGGAAGCAUGGCAAGAAGUUCGACACUGAUGUUGAGCACGAGUACAGAACCAACGUGUUCAGGCACAAUCUAAGAUAUAUCCAUUCUAUGAAUAGAGCCAAGCUAGGCUAUACUCUGGGUGUUAAUCACUUGGCUGAUCGCACAGCGGACGAGUUGAAAGCCCUGAGAGGCUUCAAACCCUCCAAGGUUGAAGGCGGAAAUGGCGGCAAGGCUUUUCCUUAUGACUACGAGAAGGUGGUUGAGUCUAUUCCUGAGCAGUAUGACUGGAGACUCUACGGAGCAGUUACUCCAGUCAAGGAUCAAUCUGUGUGCGGCUCGUGCUGGUCAUUUGGAACUAUUGGUGCCAUCGAGGGAGCGUUUUUCUUGAAGAAUGGCGGGAACUUGGUGAGGCUGUCGCAACAGGCUCUCAUUGACUGCUCUUGGGGAUAUGGAAACAACGGGUGUGACGGAGGCGAGGACUUCAGGGUCUAUCAAUGGAUGAUGAAGCAUGGCGGAGUGCCGACAGAAGAAGAGUACGGCGGAUAUUUGGGUCAAGAUGGCUACUGCCAUAUUGAUAAUGUGACACUCGUCGCUCCCAUUACUGGCUUCGUCAACGUCACUACGAACAACGUUAACGCCUUUAAGGUUGCUCUGUUCAAGCACGGCCCACUCUCGGUGGCCAUUGAUGCUUCUAGGAAGACAUUCAGUUUCUACUCGCACGGCAUUUACUACGACAAGGAGUGCAAGAACGACGUUGAUGGCCUGGAUCACGCGGUCUUGGCUGUUGGCUAUGGCGUCAUCAACGGAGAGCAGUACUGGUUGGUGAAGAACUCCUGGUCCAACUACUGGGGCAACGAUGGCUAUAUCCUCAUGUCAGCUCGAGAUAACAAUUGCGGAGUCAUGACAUCUCCAACCUACGUCACAAUGUAGAGAGACUUCUAAAUCCUCUAAAUCAGUCGACUUCUGUAAACUCUCUUAUCUUGUUCAAGAUUGAAAAUAAAUAGAGAAAUGUCUUAAUUA